AUCAGUUGUAAAGAGCAUUUGCUAUGGUGCGACAAUUGAUACUCGUCCUUUCUCUGAUUCUCUUCUGCGGCAGCUCACAUGCUGUUUUCAGUGAGUUGGCCCGUCAGAGCGAGUCUGCCAUCCAGGGCUUGGCAGACAUAAAGAUGGCGCCGCUACGUUAUUUAGAUGUUCUCUUUGGUGGAAAUCCCGGAGGACUUCGGGGCCUAGACGGAAGAAAUUCUGCAUCUCUAUCAACUGCCGCCACCUUACAAGCAGCUAAAGUAGCAAAUAUAUUGGCAAGAGCCAACAUAUUGGCAGGAGGUGAUGUCUCCAGUUCCGGAUAUAGUAAAAUUUCAGCUGGUGUGGGCAAGGGAAGCGACCUAAUCACUAUAAUUAAGAACACACGAUCCUACGAUCCGUACCUUAUUCCACCAGGUAUUCCUGGCUAUAAUUAUCCACUUGGAUGGCAUCUUCGUUAUCCAUUAGGUCCUUAUGGGCCUAAUCGGCCACCAUGGCCACCAAUUAAUUCUCCACCGAUACGUCCAGGUGGACUUUUCCCUGAUGGACCUUCCCCUGGUGGACCUUCCCCUGGUGGACCUUUCCCUGGUGGACCUUCUCCUGGUGAACCUUCCCCUGGUGGACCUUCCCCUGGUGGACCUUCCCCUGGUGGUCCUUCCCCUGGUGGUCCUUCCCCUGGUGGACCUUCCCCUGAUGCACCUUUCCAUGGUGGAUCUCUACCUUCACCAGGCGGACCACUUGGACCAUGGCUAUUUCCAUGGAUACACCUACCUCGGCUUAACCUUCCAGGAAGACCUAUCCCUGGCCAAGACGGUUCGGAAGGUCCAAGUAGUGUGCUAAAUGUUGCUGGCGGAAUCCUUGGAAACGGUGGACUGUUCGGUACGGGAAUUUUCGGAGAACAUGGACUUUUCGGAACUGGAUUUCUUAGUGGACCUUCAUUAGACCCCUUUGGCAUUUUUACUCCAAUCGGAAAUUUCUUUGGAUCACUAGGAAACUUAUUCGGAUUUAGUUCACCUAGUCAAGUUAUUCCAAUCUUUGGUGGGAAAUUUGGGCGCGGAUUGCAGGGGUCUAUCACCUUGGAUGUCGGCGGCACAGUGCCAUCGGCAAAAGGCAUAUUAGGACAACUUUUGCAUCCUUUCCUGGGAUUUUUGGGAUAGUAUCGAGAAAUCGUGUCCUGAAAUAAACAAUGGACCUGGCGGCUUAACGCUUAGUUUUAACAUUUAGUAUUAAGAUACGACAAGUGUCGGGGUUAAAUAAACAUUUGUCUAGGCCAAGCUUUGUAAAUUUAAAACCAACCAAUAAAAGUAAGCAGCAUUCCAAUUUUAAA